AUGGCUGAAGAAAGAUUUAUUGAUAAUAGCGAUCGAAUUUUCAUCGAAAAACCACUGGCAAACAGCAGACAAUUAGCCGCUGUGAAAGCAUCAAAAUUGUACAGAGAAAUUGAAGGAGAUCAAUUGCCAAUUGUAUAUCAUCCAAUUUAUAAUAUAUCAUUUUGUGGAAUCGAACGAUGCCAUCCAUUUGAUUCACAUAAAUGGGGACGUGUUUAUGAGACACUGUUACAAUCAGGAAUGUUUGAAGAAAGGCAAAUCAUAAGACCAUCGGAAGCAAACAUGGACGAUCUGCGUGUUGUGCAUUCAUCAACCUAUCUCUCAUCAUUACAUUGUCCAUGUUAUGUUGCGAAGAUGGUUGAAGUUACACCCGUUGCACUGAUACCCCUAUGUAUUAUCGACAAAGUCCUCCUGAAGCCAUUCCGAUAUCAUACCGGCGGCACAAUAUUAGCAGCCAAGCUUGCACUAACAUCCGGUUGGGCUAUAAAUAUUGGUGGUGGUUUCCAUCAUGCAAGCCGUUCAAGAGGUGGCGGGUUUUGUAUUUAUGCUGAUAUCACUUUGGCACUAACAUUCUUAUUCAUCAAUCAGUUGAUUUCAAAAGCAAUGAUUGUUGAUUUAGAUGCUCAUCAGGGUAAUGGUCAUGAAAAUGAUUUUUGCGGAGACAGCCGAGUGUAUAUACUGGAUAUGUUCAAUAGUUGCAUUUAUCCACAAGAUAUGAGAGCAAGACAUGCUAUAAGAAGAUCAGUUCAUCUUCGUAUUGGUAUUCAAGAUGGAGAAUAUCUUUCCUUGCUUUCGAGUAAUCUUGAAGAUGGUUUGAGCGAAUUUCGACCUGAUAUAAUCCUAUACAAUGCGGGAACUGACUGUCUUCGAGGUGAUCCACUUGGGUUAUUGUCGAUAUCCUCAAAGGGAAUUCGAAAGCGUGAUGAAAUUGUUUUCAAAAUGGCUCGUAACAGGCAUAUUCCAGUUGUAAUGCUACUUAGUGGUGGAUAUAUGCAGAAUACGCAUGAAGUCAUUGCCAAGUCGAUUCUAAAUUUGUACGAUAAGAAUUUGUUAAGGAUGGAAAUAUAA